GGAUACUGACUUUAGCAAUCGGCUGCUUCUGUAUGUACACAGAGCACAUUGGGGCAGCCUUAGCUCUGCUGCUGCUGCUACUGCCGCUACUACCUGCUCAUUGUUCUCCCUCACUGACUGUAGGGAAUGGUGGGGAGAGCAGCCAGUGCCACUAUUCCAGGAUACAAUACACGCACCCCUGCCUUUUCUUAUACACCCUGGUGAUUAUUGACUUCUGCCACUUCUGCUCAGAUUCUCCCUCAUCACUCGGGGAAAGGGAUAAAAGGCAAGAGAAAUUAACCUUCAGUUAUAGGACUGUCUCUCUCGGAUCCCUGUUUAUCUGUUGCUAGCCCAUAAACUCAAGUAUGAUCCUUAAGGGGGUCACCCAGCUCCUUUUCUUUACAAGCUGUUGGCUCUCACUCAUCAUUGCCAAAGAUGCAGAAGUAGUAGAGAACUCCACAACAGUAGGGCCCUGCCAUCCAAACCCAUGUCAUAAUGGUGGAAUAUGUGAAAUCAGUGAAGCUUAUCGAGGAGAUACCUUCAUUGGAUAUGUUUGUAAAUGUACACAUGGUUUCAAUGGAAUUCACUGCCAACACAAUGUUAAUGAAUGUGAGGCUGAGCCUUGCAAGAAUGGAGGUAUAUGCACAGAUCUGGUUGCCAACUACUCGUGUGAAUGCCCUGGUGAAUACAUGGGAAGAAACUGCCAAUACAGAUGUUCUGGACCUCUUGGUAUGGAAGGUGGAAUUAUAUCAAACCAACAGAUAACAGCAUCCUCAACCCAUCGAGCUCUAUUUGGGCUUCAAAAAUGGUACCCAUAUUUUGCACGACUAAACAAAAAAGGUCUUGUGAAUGCUUGGACUUCAGCAGAAAACGAUCGCUGGCCCUGGAUUCAGAUAAACUUACAAAAGAAAAUGCGGGUCACUGGUGUAAUUACGCAAGGCGCAAAACGCAUUGGCAGCCCAGAAUAUAUAAAAUCGUACAAGAUUGCAUAUAGCAAUGAUGGAAAAUCCUGGUCAACAUAUAAAGUGAAAAGGACCUCUGAGGAUAUGGUUUUUCGAGGGAAUGUGGAUAACAACACCCCAUAUGCCAAUUCCUUUACUCCUCCAAUAGAAGCUCAGUACAUACGGCUCUAUCCCCAGGUGUGCAGGCGACAUUGCACUCUGAGAAUGGAGCUACUCGGAUGUGAAUUAUCGGGCUGCUCCGAACCCCUUGGAAUGAAAUCAGGGCAUAUACAGGAUCACCAAGUAACAGCAUCUAGUGUUUUCCGAACACUGAACAUGGAUAUGUUUUCCUGGGAACCAAGGAAGGCCCGAUUAGACAGGCAAGGCAAAGUAAAUGCCUGGACGUCUGGGAAGAGUGACCAGUCACAGUGGUUACAGGUGGAUCUUCUUCGCCCUACAAAAGUGACGGGAAUAAUCACGCAAGGAGCUAAAGAUUUUGGACAUGUGCAGUUUGUGGGUUCCUAUAAAGUUGCUUAUAGUAACAAUGGAGAACACUGGGCAGUGUAUCAGGAUGGAAAACAAAGGAAAGACAAGGUUUUUCAAGGUAAUUUUGACAAUGAUACUCACAGAAAGAAUGUAAUGGACCCAGCAAUCUAUGCAAGAUAUAUCAGGAUCCUCCCAUGGUCAUGGUAUGGACGAAUCACUUUAAGAGCUGAGUUGUUGGGGUGCACCGAAGAGGACUGAAAAAUGUAGAAGUCUGGCAACUCAAACACACAGUUUCAGAGAUGUACCUUUCAAGGAUUAAAAAAACAAAACAAAAACUGUUCAAGAUCGAGAGAAAAAGAUUUUUUUUUUCACUGAACAAGUGCUCGCUCUCUGGUAGGCUGGUAACUGUUUUGCAAGGUAGUCUGGGCCUGCUCUUGAAAUUCUCCCGCUAUUAGCCAUUUGUCCAACAAAUACCUUUAUAAUAAAAUGUUUUCAUUUUCUUCUUCGUUGUUCACACUGGUUGAAAUAUGUUUGGGAAGAGAGGCAGCAUCGUUUUUUUCUAAUGCCCCCUCCUGUUUUUAAUCUUUACAAGCAAGGAAAUGCAAUUAUAUGGAUUCUGUCUCUCAGCUAACAAAGUCAUACUCUGAAAAAUUGUUUGCCUCUUUACAUUACGCCCUUAGUUAAAAGAAGGGAUGUUGCAGCUUUAGCAAUAAGUUUUCUCUGGGAUGACUGCAUUAUCCUAAUUGCUUCCCUUGUGCCUAUCAAAAUCUUAUUCGUAUUUUGCAUCUCAGAUUCCAGAAAUCCAUUUGAUUUUUCACCUGUGCAAUUACAAACGUUCAUUAGGAGCUUUGCCUUCUCAUUCCUAUCGUGCAUGUACUCGAGGCAUGGUAUUUCUCAUGUUUAAAUGCUUUUCCUUCCUUGUUGGCUUAAAAAAAAAAAAAAAAAUCAAGGCUGUGCAAAGAGCAGAAAUUGUUUUCUGCAUGUUCUAAAUCCAACAUAAAUUAGUUUUUUUAAUUUUUACGAACAGAUUUUAGCAUUGUGGAUUACCACAUUUUCAUUUGAUUUUAUUUUAGGCGUUUAAAAAUGUUAUUUUUUAUAGUUUUGGUUUAAAUGAUGUUGGGUUUACAGCAUGGUGACAUGAAAGAUCAGACGGUUUGUAGUCACAAUCUUUAAGUCCAGGUUGGUGUUUCUUAUAUGUUAAUUCAUUUAAAAAUGUUAAUUAUUUUAUUUAUAUAAAUAAUAAAAAAAAAAACAAUGGAAAAUGAAGGUUUGGUGUAUGAAAACUAAUAUUGUAAUCCCUAGUUGUGGAUCUGCCUAUGUGUUUGUUUCUGAAACAGCUGUCAACAGGUAGUGAUAUGAAUUGUGAUAAUAUAGUCCAUGGGAUCAUUGGGUAACUAUUGGGUAGCCUCUAAUAAUGAAGUGGAAGUGUUAUAAUGCAGGUACUAACAGUAUUUGAUGUACUUAGAUCAGUUCAGAACAAGGUCACACUGGGGGGUGCAGGGCCCCCCAAGGUGCCCCCACCAGGCACGUCCCCCGCCACCCGCUCAACAUCCUCCCCUGAACACGAGUAAGUGAAAUGCAUCAGGGGAGGACACCGGCAGCUAGGGGAGAGCAGGGCCGGAUUUCCAAAUUGGCCGCCCCCGGUCGCCCCCCCCCCCCCCGUGUGCGAUACAGGGGGAGAGGGGUCUGCGCACGCAUGCGUGAACAGCAGCGGAGGGGCUGGGGGUGUGGGCAGUGGGCCAAACUUGCAUACGGAGCAGUGGGGAGAAGUCCCCCCAUUGCUCCGUAUGGGUACAAAACUUUUUAGAUUUUGGUGCGGCGGGGCGACAUGCCGCUCCCAGGUUUCUGUCCUCUCCACAAAUCCGGGCCUGGGGGAGAGGUAACAGGGAUCGCAUCUGGGUUGCCGGGGCCCACCGUGUUUUUUCCCGGUAUCCCGACCCUGGUUCAGAACUCAAAGGCAAAUCACAUUUUUAGUCCUAUAAGUAUGAGUAGCAAAAUCCACAGGAUAAUUGUUUGAAAACUGGUGCUGUUGUUUGUAAUGGAGUCCAUCCUGUGUUGUCCUUAUUCAUAUGGUCUCCACCCUAGCGCCCCCGAGGUCUCCACUCUAGCAUAUGUCCUCAUUCAUUUUAACUGUGCUGCAUAUCGAAUGGCACGAAAUGGCCUACGUCCUGUUUGUCUGUAUAACGUUUCUCAACAGUAAAAUGUUCUGUGUGAUGUUGCAUUCAACCUUGGUGAACAAUAUUAAAGAGAAAGUCAAACAUAGUGACAAUGAGACGAAAAACACUAUUUCUAUCACUUUAUAUACCUGAAACCACCCCAAAUGUGCACUUUAGACCCUAUGAAUAAAUUUUGGUUUGCAAUGUUUCAGAUUAGAAAUAAUCAGCCCUCUGUACUCCAGCUUUCUCACAACAACCCUUAGCAUCCCCUUUAGUGAUGAGCGAAUCUGUGCUGGUUAGCUUCACUGAAAAAUUCGCAAAUCUUUUACAAAAUUUGCAAAGCGGCAAAAAAAUUGCGAAAUGGAAAAAAUGUUGCACAUCAAAAAAAAUGACUCGCAUGCCAUUUUUUUAACAUGCAACAUUUUUGUCGUUUUGCAAAUUUUCAUGUUUUUGCCAUUUUGCGAAUCUUGUUUUUUAACACGUGUGUCAUUUUUUUACGCAUACAACAAAUGUUUUGACUCGGGCGGCAAUUUUUUUACGCAUGGCGAAUUUUCCCAUGCUGAAUUUAGUUGUUCGUUUCACAGAAAAAAAUCCGCCAAUGGCGAAAUGCAGAAAUUCCCUGCAAAUCUAUGCCUGGCGAAUAGUGAUGAGCGAAUCUGUCCCUGCAAUUUGCGAAAUGGGGAAAAAUCUGCAAAACAUGUUUGUUGCGCAAUUUUUUUUGUCUUUUUUUACACGACCGCGCCCAAUUUGACGUGACUGUGCCCCUUUUGACGUGACUGUGCCUCUGUUGCCAUGACCGCGACUUUUUUUGACACGCGACAAACUUUUCUGCAGUAAAUUUACGCAGAAGUUUCACAAAACAAUUUGCAAAUAACAAAAUGCAGAAAUUCACUGCAAAUCAGUGCUUGCUGAAAAAAUUUGCCCAUCACUACUGGUGAAUUAUUUCGCCCAUCACUAAUCCCCAGCACCCCUUACCUGUUGGGGGACAGUGGGAGCUGUAGCACAUUAACAGCUGUAGCGCCAGAGGCUGCUUUUUUUUUCUAAUGUUAAUAGUUUUUUUAUUUGCACAGAUUAUAUGUAUGCGCUGUUUUGAUCUUGAAUAACUACUAUUUUGCCAUUUUAUGUAUAAUGUACUAUGCAUUUUACAGUUGUCUCUGCUUUAUUUCUUUUUGAAGGGAAAAACGUUAAAUCACUGCAUCUGUAUGAAUUCAGUUCUUUGUAUUGAUGUUUAAAGAUCUUUCAAGAUGACAAAUACUUACAAA